AUGAUCAUUUAUAAAGACGCUAUUUCUGAUAAACAUGACGAGUUCGUUUCUGACGCUUACCCAGUCAAGAUUAUCGGGGAUGUUAUUCUUGAAGUUGAUUGUCAGCUUAUUGUAAUCAAAGAAGGUGUUGAUGUAGAUAUCGGCGCAAAUCCUUCAGCCGAAGAGCAAGAAGAAGCUCUUGAGGACCCUACAAGUCAACAAGUUAUCAAUGUUGUUCAUGCUUUUCGUCUUCAAGAAACUUCGUUCGAUAAGAAAUCCUAUACAACAUAUCUUAAGGGAUAUUUGAAAAAACUUAAAGAACACGUUAAAAAAACUUCUAACAAAGAUGAAAACGAAAUGAAGGAAUGGGAAGAUAAAAUCAAUAAAUUUUCAAAAAAAGUCCUUAGCAAUAUUAAAGAUUACCAGUUUUACGUUGGUGAGAAUUUUGACAUGGAGGGUAUUAUUGGAUUGUUGAAUUACCGCGAGGAUGGAAUGACGCCCUACCUCUCGUUUUUCAAGGAUGGUCUGAUGGAAGAGAAAGUGUGCUAUAAAUUAGAAAACAAUGAAAGAUGCCUUGUGUAA